CACCCAAGAAGGUUGAGGAAGACAACUUGUCGAGGCCUUCGUCAAAAUGCAGAUCUUCGUCAAGACCCUCACGGGUAAGACUAUCACCCUCGAGGUGGAGUCUUCGGACACCAUCGACAACGUCAAGACAAAGAUUCAAGACAAGGAGGGUAUCCCCCCGGAUCAGCAGCGCCUCAUCUUCGCCGGCAAACAGCUCGAGGACGGCCGCACCCUCUCCGACUACAACAUCCAGAAGGAGUCCACCCUCCACCUCGUCCUCCGUCUCCGCGGUGGUGCUAAGAAGAGAAAGAAGAAGGUCUACACCACUCCCAAGAAGAUCAAGCACAAGCGCAAGAAGACCAAGUUGUCUGUGCUCAAAUACUACAAGGUCGAUGCCGAUGGCAAGAUCGAGCGCUUGAGACGCGAGUGUCCCUCUGCUGAGUGCGGUGCUGGUGUUUUCAUGGCUGCCAUGCACAACCGCCAGUACUGCGGCAAGUGCCAUCUUACCUAUGUCUUCGAUGAGUCCAAAUAAAUGUAGCUAGCUGGAAUGGUAUCCGGUGCCUGCUGCACUGAUAUAUUGUGAGAGCUGAAAAGCUUUUUGUAUCUAUGUAGCUUAGAAGCCUCAAAUAUCAUCAAGUACCUUGGU